AUGCCUAUACUUCACUUUGAACUGAGGAAACGGUGUGAAGCCUCACGUGCUGAACGUCGCAAGGAGCGUGUGCGGUCAUCGCAGGUUUGGACCAAUGGAUCUUGCAGGAAUCGAACAGGUCACAACAACUCCAAUGGAAACAAUAAGCACGAUUCCCAAUCUGCGAAUGGCUGCAUUACGAACAGAGGAGCACAAUCGCUGCAGAGAGGGCCGCUAGCUCACUCUCGUCAUCACAUGACAUCAUUCGAUUCUGAACAACCGCUCACGAUAGAGCAGGUAGGCUUUUAUUAG